AUGUCCAAUCCACCCACACUCGCAGAUGCUCCAUUCGACCAGCCCUCCGCGGACAUCGUCCUCCGCAGCGCAGACCACGUCGACUUCCGCGCCCACCGCGUCAUUCUCGCUCAGGCAUCCCCCUUCUUCGCCGACAUGUUCUCCCUCCCCCAGGCAUCCCCACCAGACGCAUCUGCACUGCCGGUUGUAGACAUGUCUGAGGACAGCAAGACGCUCCGUCGGCUCCUCCUCCUCUGCUACCCAGUCGAUAAGCAGGAGCUCGACUCGGUCGCAGACAUCGCCCCCGUCCUCGCGGCGGCGCGCAAGUUCGACAUGGAGUGGCCGAUCAGGCUCCUCGCGCGCGACCUGGCUGACUCCAUCUCGCGCUCACCACUUCGCGCGUGGUCGUGCGCAUGCCGGAGUGGGCUCGAGGAAGUCGCGCGCCUCGCCGCAGAGGAGAUCAAGCGUCGCGUAUCUUCCAGCGUCGCCGAGGAGGAGGUCCCUGGCCCGGGCAUCGCACUGCUCUCUGUGCUGCGCGCUGCCUUGGAGGAGGAAGGGCUAACGGACGUUCUCCAGGGAGUUAGCGGUGGAGCUUACUUCCGCCUGCGCGAGUACGUCCGAAACGCAUCCCCCUCCUUCUCCAUCGGCCCUGGGUGUGGCGAGUCGACCUCCUCCGCGCCAUCAAACACCUUGGUCGGUGCGCCGCCAUUGAAGACAAUUCGUCCUGUGUUCCUCCCGCCGUACCCUCCCCCCGACGCCAUGAUCUUGUGCUCCGACGGUGUGCUCGUCGAUGCGCACGAAGUCAUCAUUGCGCUCCGUCUCCCCGGAAUCUUCGUCGCGAACCCUGCGCCCUCUCUCAAUGGAUCCGUCGUCCGGCCCGUUACGGAGGGCGAUGACGUUCUCGAAGCACCUCCACCACAGCAGGGCACCUACACCCUCGAUGCGCCCUCGACCGCGCUUGUCGACAUCCUCGCGCUCUGUUACCGCGGCAAGAGCGACGCAGCCCACGGGACCGACAUUGACGGCCUCGCGUGCGUGCUCGUCGCGUCCGCAAAGAGCCCGAUGAACGCACAGAUGCUCAACGCUCCUCGGGAGCUGUGGGCGAAGUGCGUCGAGAUUGACCCUUUGGGGGCGUACUUCGCGGCAGCUCGGCGCGGCCUUGGGGAAGACGACAUCCGAGCGGCGGCACGCAAGGCCCUGGAACUCCCUCUGCUUGGCUUGUAUGCAGAGCAGUUGGAGGGAGUCGACGCGAUAGCGUACGAGCGGCUCCUGAAGUAUCAUCAUGACGCCUCUGUGGCUGUCCUCCGUGUCCUCACGCAUGUGGAGGCCGAAUUCAGCAAGAAGCUGCCGUUUCAAAAUGUCAAUGAGGUCACGGUCCCUGGACGACUUAUGAAGGAUGCUAUGCGCAAGUUAUCAUUAGGACAGCAUGCCCCAGCGAUGACAAUGGAAGUGAUGGGCAUCGACCAAUCGGCGCUCACCGAGGCAGCGCUGCAGCAUGCGCAGUGUGGACACUACUUCUCAAAAUCAGUUGGUUACUACGACCUACUUCGACAAGGGUUGAAGAAAGUGGAGAGCGCAUUGCAACCUGGAAUCCAUAAUGCGUUGAAUGCUUCGCGGCUCGCGCAGUGA